CUCUGCUCUACCGGCUGGUGGCCCGCAGCGCGUGCCGGGUUCUCAACCUCGUUAGCCCGCGGCGGGCGCCCCUCCUCCGCAAAGCCUCCUGGGAGUUGUAGUUUCCGCCAGCCUUUCCCGGCGCUCCCUGCUCUUCCUGGAUAUUGAGGCACCGCGGCCGCCAGGCACACCGCGGGGAGCAGGUGUCGGUGGGGCGAGUACUGGGGCCCCGGGGGUACUAGUGAUGCCUGAACCGGCCCCGCUGCGGGUAGCCCCGGCCCGUAGGGGCCCUCGAUCCCGCUUCGGCCCCAUGCGCGGGCGGUCCCUUGGCCACCCUCGCCCUCCUGGGGCCUCCCGCGUGUAGAAACAACUCAGUUUGCUGUUCGUUCCUCGGCUGCGGAGGUCGGACCUGCGGAGGUCGUUGAGCCCCACACUGAGCUGCUAGGGGUCCCUGUCGGCCCCCCGGGGAGAAGGCCUGCCCUACUGCCAGCAGGGAGAGCAGCCCUGCAGCGGGGCAAGCAGGCCUCUUCACCCAGCUUCGGCUUCCCGCCCCGCUGGCUGGCGCACGGUGAGGCCUGGCUCUAGGAGCGUGCGGAGGCAGCCCUGCUGGCACCCCAGGGACAUGGAGGAAGUCCGGCGCUCCUACAGCCGGCUGUGCAAGGAGAGUGGGGCCGAACCCCAGGAGACUGUCCUGCAGCGACUGCAGGAGCUACCACGGGGCCGGCUGGACCUGGCCACGCAGAGCCUGACCGCCGACACCUGUAGGGCCCUGGGCAAGCUGCUGCAGAAGGAGGCUCUUGUGACUGAGCUCGUCCUGAGCGACUGCAUGCUGAGUGAGGAAGGGGCCACACUGUUGCUCCAGGGGCUGUGCGCCAACACUGUUCUUCAGUUUUUGGAUCUAAAGGUGUCUGGAGGGUGCGAAUAUGAGUUCCAGAGUGUUCCCAUAAACGCACUGACAGAGCCCACACCAGGAGGCUCCCUGUGCUCAGGAAAGGAAGCGUUUGAAAGGAGCCACACCUUCCACUCAGAGGGCAAUAACCUUCGGGCCGCAGGGGCCGAGGCUCUAGGAAGACUCCUCCGACAGAACAAGUCCAUUCAGAACCUCACCCUGGAGUGGAACAACCUGGGCACGUGGGAAGAUGCCUUUGCCACCUUCUGCGGGGCCCUGGCCGCCAACGGCACACUGCGGCAGCUGGACCUACGCAACAACCAGAUCAGUCACAAGGGCGCAGAGGAGCUGGCCCUGGCCCUGAAGAGCAACACCAGCCUCCAGCAGCUGGACCUGCGCUGGAACAACAUUGGCCUCCUGGGCGGCCGGGCCUUGGUGAGCUGUCUGCCGAGCAACAGAACCCUGUGGAGGCUGGAGCUGGCUGGGAACAGCGUCCCCAGCGAUGUCCUCAGAGCCGUGGAGCAAGCCAUGGAUCACACCCAGGAGCGGGAGGCCACCUUCCGGGAGAACCAGGCCCGCACCCGCGUGCUCAGCAAGGAGGUGAGGCACCUCCAGGAAGAGAAGUCCAAGCAGUUUCUGGACUUGAUGGAGACGAUUGAUAAGCAACGAGAGGAGAUGGCAAGAAGCACCCGGACAUCGGCAGCACGUGUGGGGCAGCUUCAGGAAGCCCUGAAUGAGAGGCAGUCCAUCAUCAAUGCCCUCAAGGCCAAACUGCAGAUGGCCGAGGCUGCUCUGGCUUUGUCGGAGCAGAAGGCCCAGGACCUGGGGGAGCUUCUGGCCACCGCAGAGCAGGAGCAUUGGAGCCUGGUACAGAGGCAGGCCAAGGAGCGCAGACUGGAGCAGCAGGAAGCUGCCGAGCGGGAGUCUAAGCUGCUCAGAGACUUGUCUGCUGCCAAUGAAAAGAACCUGCUUCUGCAAAACGAGGUGGACGAGCUGGAGCGGAAGGUGAAGUCACAGCAGGACCAGCUGUUCCUGACCAGGCAGGAGCUGACCAACACGUCGGCCGAGCUGAAAAUGCGGGCCAUCCAAGCUGAAGAGCGCCUGGAACUGGAGAAGAAGAGGUCUCGGCAGAGCCUGGAGGACUCGGAGCAUCUGCGCUUCAAGGAGGUGGAGCAUAUGACUCGCCAUCUGGAGGAGACCGAGAGGGCCAUGCAGGAGAGAGCGCAGAGGCUGGAGGCCGCGCGGCUGUCCCUAGAGAAGGAGCUGAGCCGAGUGAAGGCUGUGGCGCUCACUGAGCGUGGCCAGGCUGAGGAGGAGCUCAUCAAGGCCAAGAACCAAGUCCGACUGGAGGAGCAGCAGCGCCUGGGUCACCUGGAGGAGAAGCUGCGGUUGCUGGCACAGGCGCGGGAUGAGGCACAGAGCACCUGCCUGCAGCAGAGGGAGGCGGUGGCUGAGGCCCAGGCGCGGGCCAGUCAGCUUGGCCUGCAGGUGGAGGGCCUGAGGCGGCGGCUGGAGGAGCUGCAGCAGGAGCUGAGUAACAAGGACCAAGAAAAGGUGGCUGAGGUGACCAGGGUGCGGGUGGAGCUUCAGGAGCAGAAUGGCCGCCUGCAGGCCGAGCUGGCAGCCCAGGAAGCAUUGAAAGAGAAGGUGGCAGCCUUGGCGCGCCAGCUGAAAGUGAUCGCAAGUGACCACCGGGAGGCGCUGCUGGACAGGGAGAGUGAGAACGCCUCUCUUCGGGAGAAGCUGCGGCUGAAGGAGGCGGAGAUGGCCAGGAUUCGGGAUGAGGAGGCCCAGAGGGCCAGCUUCCUGCAAAAUGCUGUCCUGGCUUACGUUCAGGGGUCCCCACUGAGGACUUCGAGCCCUCAAAAGUGAGGGGAGGCAUAGGGACUUCAGGAGUGGCAUGAGGGUGGCUCUCAGGGACAGGCUGUCGAGGGUGUGCUUGGGCAGGGUGACAGCUGGUGACUCGGAAAUCAGUGCCAAGAUGGAUUGGGAGUGGUUCUGCUGCAGCUCACCAGCUGUGCCUAACCGGGUGGGCGCAGAGCCCGGGUGGGCAAGAGGGCUGGAGUGGCCAGUGCCUCAGACACUGAUGCGCUUGAGAAAAUGAGCCCAUGACGAAUGGAAAUUGGGGGACGCGCAGCCUGAGCCAUCCCAGCCCCUCGCCCCGUGUUUCACAACCACCUUUUACAAUGUAACCAUGAAGGCAGCAGACACCGACCGCUCACGGGGGUGUUUUGAAAUACAGAACUUUUGCACUUUGUGAUACA